AGACAACGUUUCCUCCUCCAUUGCGGUUACCGGACAUCCACCUUUGCUUCUUGCGUUUGUUUGUUUGUUUGGAUCACGACAUCCAUUAAACACCCUCACCGCUCGCAUCGUCCUCCUUACGUUCUUUUUCGCCACAUUACCUGUCUAAACAUAUAUAACACCUCUGAGCAAAAAAAAAAAAUGCGCGCUUGCCGUCUGCUGGCUGCUUCGUGGAAGACGAAGGUGGACCCGAAGAACCCGCGGCGAAUUGUUGCCAUCCCGAACAAAACGCCGUGCUUCGUGCAGCUCCAGGCCGGCAAGAAGUAUUACUGGUGCGCUUGCGGUUUGAGCAAAAAGCAGCCGUUCUGCGAUGGCAGCCACAUCGCCUACAACGAGGAGCAAAAGACGACGAUUCAGCCAAAGGAGUUCACGGUGGACACCACGAAGAAGUUUUUGAUGUGCCGCUGCAAGCACACCGAUAACGCGCCCUUCUGCGACUUGUCUCACGUGGGUGUGAUCUUCCGCACUGCGGUCGGCAUUGAGAAGCUUCCGGAGAAGCAGCCGGUGAAGUCUGCCGACAAGCGCGAAAACUAG